CUCCAACGAUAUCAAAUUGCGACGGAUUCAAGAAAUACAUGGGAGAGCAUUGAGUGUCAUCGCGCCUCUCUUGACAUCCUUACAGGAAUACCAAAGUGGUGUCAUACAGAAAACUAUAUUGCUGGCAGGGGAUGGACGCAUUUUCCCAAUAGUUUUUCGUCAGAGCAAUUAGGUUAAAUCGCACAGGUGUAACGUAUAAAAUAGCCUCUUAUUGCCGGCUAAAAUCGAGAUUCCCGGAGUACUCUGCAGAAUACAUGGUUUGGGGAUAUGAAAUCACGCAGCAAUUGAACCCUUUCCUUUGAUUUUCAUCAAGAAAUUAUCUUGUGCAUUAAACUUACAAGUGUAGAUGUCAACAAGAUGUUUCGCUCGCUAGUUUUGUCACCAGCAGUCAUUGCACUUCUCCUACAUAAACUUGUAGCAGCUGUUCCAACCGUCACGCUUGAGAAAAAGGGUAUAUGAUACCAGGCACGUAUUGCGUUUGAAUGAACAUUAAGCUAACUCAAACCCUCAGAACACAUCUACCCGCUACCCGUUCUUGUCGAACCAGGCGACGAAUACUAUGAAUGUGGCGAGUUUCCCGGAAGUCUGGCAGCAUCUGAUCCAGAUGCAUACUUCAAAUACGAACACGAUACACCUCUACUCAUCUCCUGCUGGGAGCUGGAUAACACCGGGGCCCUAUAUUUGAAGACUGUCGAGGACGAAUGUUUCAUCGAGGAAUAUUUCAUCUACUACAAUGAAACGCUGGAUAUCACAUACGAGGACGUCUUACCACGAUGCAAACCCCAUCGCCCAUUUCAAGCCUGGUGGGGAAAGCCAGGAGAUCCAACGAUCGGGGGAACGGUUGAUUCUGAUCUGGGUUCAUGCUAUCAUUGUCCUGAUCAGGAUUGUGCGUCGUCGCCGGUUGAUUAUUUGAUGCUGCAUGUUUAUUGCUGGUUGAAUGGGUCAACGGUCAACGGAACCAAGUUUGUAAACACUACUCUGGUCACUAAUGGCAGUGCUAAUUAAUUUGUAGUCAAUGGUGGCGUCAUGCCCACAAGAGUAAAGAUUAUGAAAAGUGUUAUGUUCCAGCAAUUGUGUUCGACAGGCUCGAUUAUAGUAUGUAAUCUCGAUCAGGCAGCCUUCGAAGCUAACAUCAUCAUAGACGAGACGGGGUCAGGAGAGAGAUGUCCAUCUUGGGACCAGCCAACAGAGGAGCCUGAAUGAUUCUGAUUGAUCGAAAUAUGCAUUAAUUUUUGGUGAGAAGCGGACAUUGGAAAACGCCAUUUUUACGGGCCACAUUAUAUAAUUAGAUCAACUAUUCAAACUCAU